AUGCCACGGCGAGACUUCAUCGCCGACCUGGCAGAGGCGCAAGGGCUUCCGCUUCCACUCGGAAUCUCUGAUCUAAAGGCGGGUGAUGAUGAUGGACAGAUCGCGUUCAUCUAUACCGCUGUCGACACGCCAGCAGUCUCCAUCACGGCCAUGAUCCCAGAGCUUUCAGACUACCCAAAAUCGCACACAUAUAUGAUGUUCUGCGGCGAGAACGCACCGCAAAGUGUCUCAAGCGCACUCCAGGACAUCCGCGGAACUGAUCGAAAGUCGGUCGUCGAGCUGCUCGAGAUCGUUUCGUCUACACUUGCGAGGAUGAAGCCGGAUCGCGAUGGAGAUUCGCAGAUGAUCGACUCGCACAUGGACUCGGAUGAAGAGGCCGACGACGACCUCGGAGACCUCGAAGACGACGAAGACAUCUAUGACUCUGAUCACGAAGCCUUUGGUAUGGAUUUAGCCGACAGAAGCGCAUCCACUGGACCAAAUCUGCGCAAGGCUAAGGACGCCGGAUUCAAGGUGGGAAAGCUAGGCAGUCUGCUCGAUGGAUACAACUCCUAUGUCACCAUCUCCAUCCGCAUUGCCAAGCUGGGCAUCUCGGAAGAAGCGAUGCAGGCGUGGCAGGUGGAGCCGGACGAAUACCUCACAUUGAUUAUUCAGUAUCCGAAUGGAUACCGCACAAACGAGCAACUACAAUCUUACAACUCCAAGCACCUCUCCGCCAACCUGUGUAUGAGAGUGGUUGCCGGUAAGAGAUACAAGCCGUCAUUGCAGGAAGCCAUCACAGCCUUCAACGUCCGCCAGAAGAAACCAGAAGGGCCGAGCCAGCCUCAAGAGGAGAACAAAUGCUCGAUUCGGGACACCUUCAUCUCCAAACCCCUCAUGAGCCUGCUCCAAGAACGAUUGGUCCCUGUGCUUCGCAAUCGCAGCAUGGGCAUGGGUUGGCAGGGUGCGGAGGACUGGUACUAUCAUCUGGCUACGAGUGGCAGCAACGUCAAUCCUGAUGCCGUCCCGGACAAAUUCUUCGGGCCAGAUAUCAGUCACGCUGUCGACGAUGCGCAUCCGAGCAUCGUACGAGCCGAUCACUACGCCCAGAGAAGCCUACUACAGUACUCGUUUCCUCUGAUCGCGAUGCAAUUUCUCGUUCGACAUUUCGUCCGCUGCACAGACUUUUGCCUGGUCUGUCAUCGGAAGCUUGAAACCGAUGUUGAGGCCAUCAAGCCCUACGUUUGUGAUGCUGGAUUGUGUCUCUACCAGCUUCUUCAGCUUGGCUUUGGUCCAAGCAUCGAACAUGAAGUCACGGCUCAGCCCUACGUUGUUGAUCUACUGGUUUCCUUUUGCUAUAAUAGCGCCUCGGCAGGUCGGCUCAAAGACCACCCCGAUGGGCUUGCUCUUGUCGUGCCGCCUAUUGAUGCUGCAUCGUACACCGAGCUGGGAAGAUUGGUGCCCCCGACCCGCUACAAGCCGGGUGCUGUGCCCAAGACGGAAACACCCAUCACGGAUGUUGAGCAAUCCACAUACAACGUUGGAUUUGAACAAGCCAGACGAGAGAUCAUCUUCCACGAUGCAGGUUCAGGAUGUCCUGUGCGGAGAGGUGCAUGGAUAUUGAUGAAGGUGGAGACCAUUCCCGGAUACGACUUCCACUGUCGUGUCAACGAAACGGCGUUCUAUCCUACUAUCAAUAUCGACGAGCCGAUCGUUGUUCAGCAGAGGGCAACAUCGAAUGGCACACAGACUCCAGCGACAACGCGGCCCGUCACUCCCGUGGCAGCUCCUAACGGCGUUCCGGUCUGGACACCAGCAACGUUCCAGAUCUACAACCAAGACUUCAGCGAGCUCAGCAACGAUGGCAAGUGCAUUUCAAUCUGCACGCUGCUUGAUACCCUCCCCUCGGUGACGGAAAUGCGCGAUUACCUCGCCAAGAGACACCCUUCGGAGCUGACGAACUGGACUCAGCGGAUUUCGCCUUCGGCACUCGCACUCCUUCGCUGGAUCAUCGCCAGCAACCGAGCCUGCAUCAUGCAGGUCGACAGUGAGGCCGACGAGAUCGUCGAAGAGAACAUCACGGGUACUCCAAGCAAGGUCAAAGUUGUCGCGAAGCCGCGCGAGCGAUGCUAUGGUAUGGCGGGCUUCAUGCAAUUCCGGUUCGCCAUGGGAGCGCCUGACAAAGAGCAGCGUUUCGUGACUGAAGUGCGGAAGACAGCCGACCGUCUGAAGCUCAAGUAUCCGACCAUCUUUGCUUUCCAUGGCUCGCCUCUUCACAACUGGCACAACAUCAUCCGUCAGGGCCUGCACUUCAAAAACGCCGAUCACGGUAGAGCAUAUGGAGAUGGCGUUUACCAUGCAAAGGAUGCCAACACGUCGAUAGGCUACUCGGGCAUGAACUAUGCCGGUCUAGUCAACAGCCGUGGUCGCUGGAGAAGCACCGUUCUGAACAUCUCGACGGCCAUCGCAUUGAACGAGAUUGUCAACGCACCGGCCGAGUUCCAGAGCAGUAAUCCAUACUACGUUGUUAAGCAGCUAGACUGGAUCCAGACUCGAUAUCUCUUCGUUCAGGUCACAUCGGACAAGCUGAAGUUCGCGGAGACCAGGCCUCUCAACGCGCACGAGCAGGAUCCGUCACGCACACCGCACGGAACGGCCUCCCAGGUGAUUGUUAUUCCGGCUGCCGCCAUCAAGUCCGGCAAGCCCACUCAAGUCCCCCAACCUGAGCACAAGAAUCCCAAUCCGCUCAAGAAGCUCAAGCUGUUCGGCGGCGCUAGCCAUCCCAUUGUUAUCAACGAUGAGGAUAGCGGGAGUGAAGCAACAGACACGGAGGAUCGCAAACUCCUCCUGGACGAGCCACCGUCGCCUGUCGCAGCACCGAAGAAGCUACCAGUCGUUGUCAAGGUGAACAGGUCACCACCAACAGACUUCGUUCCUGGCUCCCUCGACUUCAGUACCCUCCCGAUCAUGCCUCUGCCCACCUACGCCAGCUCCGGUACCACCAAGCGACUCAUGAAAGAGCUUCAAUCUCUUGCGAAGAUCCAAUCGACCACUCCCGCAGCUGAGCUAGGAUGGUAUAUUGAUGUUGAACAGAUCGAGAACGUCUACCAGUGGAUCGUCGAGCUCCACUCCUUUCACACAUUCGAAGUCAAAGGCCAACCUCUUCCGCUUUCCGUCGACAUGAAGAACCAAAAGGUCACCUCUCUUGUCCUGGAGAUCCGCUUCAACAAGGACUUUCCGUUCACUCCACCCUACGUGCGGGUCAUCCGUCCGCGCUGCCUCAGCCUCAUGCAAGGCGGUGGUGGACAUAUCGUGAUGGGCGGAGCGAUGUGCAUGGAGUUGCUGACCAAUACGGGCUGGUCGAGUGUGUCGUCUAUGGAGUCGGUGCUGAUGCAGAUCCGUUUAGCCAUCGCUUCCGAGCCAUUCGCGAGGUUGGACAGCCGGAACAAGGGUGACUAUGGCACUGGUGAGGCGGCGGACGGGUAUGUUCGUGCUUGCAAUACGCAUGGCUGGCAGGUGCCUGAGGGGUUCAAGGAGAUGGCUUAUGGUAUGCCUGGACAUGCUGGACAGGAUGCCAUGGCGGGAUCUUCGUGA